CGGAAGCUGCAAUGGAGUCGUUUCUCUCCCCACCAUUUAACCCCCAAAGCUUCGUCUCUCCUUCUCCUCAACCCCUUAGCUUCUUCUAUCUUUCUCUCUCUUCGCUUUUGUUUCUUCCUUACCUUCCUCCAUGAAGCUUAUUAAGAAUAUCACCCCCAAAAAUCUCAGCCCCAGACGGAUCUUCCGGUCCAGAAAGGACCGGUCUUCUCUCUCCAACUCCGACCCGCCUUCCUUCGGGUCCGCAACGUCCUUAUCUUCCGACUCGUCGUCGACGAAUCUCAAAUCCGGUAAAGGAGAAGGUGCCGGAGGAACGGGGACUCCCACCAGCGUCUUGCCCGAAACUUCGGGUGACUGGUCGUUGUCGGAGAUAACCACCAACGUUAAUUUUGAGCUUAUGCAAGCGAUUAAGGUAAUAAUAGAUAGGGAUAACGACGGCAAGGUUUCGAGAAAAGAGCUCGAGGCUCUGCUGAGCAGGCUGGGAGGCCAGCCGCCGAGCCAUGAGGAGGUCGCCAUGAUGUUGAGCGAAGUUGAGGCUAGAGAGGACAGCGGUUGUAUAAGCGUUGAGGCUCUGAUGAGUCGGUUUGAAUCGGCGGCUUGCGAGCCGGCUUGCCACUCGGAGCUCCGCGAGACGUUUGAUUGCUUCGACACGGAUCACGAUGGGAAAAUCACGGCGGAGGAGCUACUGAACUUUUUCACGACUAUAGGGGACGAGCAGUGUACGUUAGACGAUUGCCGGCGUAUGAUAGCCGGAGUGGACAAGAACGGCGACGGAUUUGUGUGCUUCGAGGACUUUUCCCGUAUGAUGGAGCUUCAAAGAUUGUGAUCCAUAAUCUUUAUUAGCGUGUGAUCAUGCUAGUCAUAUAUAUAUAUAUGCGUCAAAUGUUUAGCUCUUGAUGUUAAAAACUCGAAGUCGUUUAUUUUGUUUUUGUCUUUGUUUUAAUUAUUAAAAAAAAAAAAUUUUCUUCCUCUA